GAGCAGAGCGGAGGAAUGAGCUGGGCGCGGGGCGGCUGGCGGGCGCGGUGCGUCUUGCUCCUGCCCGGCCCCCGUAGGUGGCUGGCGGGACGGCGCGGCACCGAGGGCGCAGCUAAAGCGGAUCCAGAGAGCGAGGGACCCAUCCCCUUCUCUUCCAGCAAGGCCAGCCCGCGGGUGUGGAGCGUCAGCCAGUCUAUGGGGAGUGAUUACCAGAGGCCGUGGGUGAAGGUGCUGCCCCUCAUCCUGCUGUGCAGUGGGCUGUUGCUGUGGUGUGCGUUUAGGGAAAAAACGGAGAUUGACGAGCAACUGGAAGCCCUGUUAUCUGGUCAGAUCGUGGACCCUUUAGACUCGGCACAACAAAGUGAUGCUCCUUCACAGAUACAGAAGGAGAGAUGAUGAGCGCACCGGUGGUGAAGGAACUGCCAAAAGUUCAGCUGCUUAAAGGCUGCUCCCGCACUUGAUUUGGAAAAUGUUUUUCUGUCCUACCACCAGCCUUAUCUUGCAAACAGGAUUUAUUUAUCUUGCUGCUUUUUGUUUGUCUUCACUUAGCAACUUACAGCAAUAGCAGAAUGAAUAGUCUUUUUCUGCAUUGCAUGGCAGGGAUGGACAGGAUGUAUUGCAAACUAGCGUGUAUUUGUAGAUAUGUUGUGUUCAACUCGGUUUUUUCCAUGGAUGUUUUUUUUUUUUUUCUUGGUUGCACAGCAUAUUAAAAUAUCAAAGCUGUA